UCUGAUUUCAAAUCCCCAAUUGUGUUUUGUCUCGGUUGUUAAAAGCACCAGCAGCCAUGGCUAUAUAUAUAGCCACUUGAACCACAAACCCCAACCAGUCCUUGUUUAAAGCGAAAAUGGGGAAGAAGGCAUCGCCGGCGAACGCUAAUUCCGGCAACGAUGAUUUUCACGCGGCGGCUCGAUCGGGAGAUCUGAAGGCGGUGAUAGAGAUAUGCAGCGCCAAUCCUCUCGCCGUCAACUCACGUGACCGCCACUCCCGUACUCCACUACAUCUAGCAUCGUGGUCUGGGCAUGCCGAAGUAGUAGACUAUCUCUGUAAGAACAAGGCGGAUGUUGGCGCUGCCGCCAUGGAUGACAUGGCGGCGAUUCACUUUGCCGCACAAAAGGGCCAUCUCGAAGUCAUCAAGAUUCUCGUGACAGCUGGCGUCUCCGUCAAGUCCUGCAACCGAAAGGGCAUGACUGCAAUCCACUACGCCGCCCAAGGGUCGGACGUCGAGCUCGUCAAGUAUUUGCUGAAGAAAGGUGCGAACAAGAACUCGAAGAACAAGGCUGGGAAGAGCGCAGUUGAUCUCGCGAGCAGUGAUGAGAUUCGGAAACUGUUGGUUGAAUUUGAACUUGAAUCGGAUUCUUCGUCUGGUAAAGGUGAAAAGGGGGCUGAAAAGGAGAUUUCGGAUAGAGAAGAAGGGGAAGUGUAUGAAGGGAAUGAAAAUGGGGAAGAAGGGAAAGAUGAGAAUCUGAAGAGAAAAAGUGAAGGCGAUGAAAUUAAAGAGAAUCGAGUGGGGAUUAAGAAAUCGAAGGUUGCUCUUAGUCAUCUUGUAGCUACAGACGACACGCAGGAAGAAGAUGAAGACUAGUGAAGUUUGUGCGAGAAAACGGCUUUUUUUUUUCUUUUUUGUUUUUUGUUUUUUGAUAAUCAAGAAAAUGGCUUUGAGAGUGUAGUUUCUUGAGAGUAGGUGUGUUGUAAUGGUGUUGUAGAGAAUCAACUAGCAUGAGAACUUGAGAAAUUUUUAUGUUUCAGGUCUUGUAUCUUCACCUUUUUCCUUAUUAAAUAUCCGUUGUUCAAACAUUUAA